UGUUUUUCUCAGAAAAUAUAAAAUGUAGGUGAGGUCAGUCAAUACAGAUUAAUAUUUACCUGAAAAUUUGAUGUUUAAAGGUAGCCUUGGGACAGUUUAUAGUGCUUAACUGUUUUAGCUUCUUGAUGGAAUAAGGGGAGGGCAUUUCUAAGUCAGUGAGCUGUUUAACUCUUAGCAAGUUCAAUUACUCUAAAUUAAUGUUACUUUUAACCAAAACAGAGGAAAUCAUGUAACCUCAUCCUCAAAUCUCUGUAACAUCUACCUGGUCUGUCUGAACGGUGUGGCUAGAAUUCUAUAGUGCAGUAUCUCAGGAUAAGAGUAAAGCCAUGUGUUGGGCUCAUACACCAAAUAUGGUUAAAUAAUCAAGUCAAGAAUCAACAUUCAUUUAUGAUACCACGUCAGACACCUGUAUCACAUUUCAGAAUACCCAGGUUUGUGUUCCAGCUGUAUUGCUGCUUUAAAAAAAAAAAAAAAAAAAAAAGAUUUGUUUAUUUGAAAGCAGAGUUACAGAGACACAGAGAGAGCUUCCAUAUGCUGGUUCACUCCUGAUGUGGCCUCAGUGGCUGGCACUGGGCCAGGCUGAAGCCAGGAGCCUGGAACCCCCAUCUGGGUAUCCCACAUUGGUUGCAGGGGGUGAAGCACUUGGGCCAUCUUCUCCCUUCCCAGGUACAUUAGCUAGGUGGGAAGGGGAGCAGUCAGGACUCAAACUGGCGCUCAUGGGAUGCUAGCCUCACAGGCAGCAGAUUAAUCUGCUACACCAAAUGCCAGUGCCCCAGCUGUCUCUGAUUCUACCUUCUUAGGAGGCAGUGGUGAUGGCUCUAAUACUUGGGUCCCUGCUACCCAUGUGGGAAUCUGGAUUGAGUUCCAGGCUCCUGCUUUCAUCCUGGCCCAGCCCUAGCUGCUUCAGGCAUUUGCAGGUGAACCAACGGAUGGAAGCUGCCUCUCCAUUCCCUUCACCCUUUUUGUCUUUCAAAUAAGUAAAAAGAUUUAAGAAAUUUGAUUUCUCUUAUGAAUAAAGUCACAGUAUUUACACCCACAUUUUGCUGACUGAGAACUCUGUCACAUCAUACAAAAAUCUCUGUCCUAUCCCAAAGUAUUUUGGGAAGUCUCAGGGAUUCACAAACAAGUCCACACUCCUGAGCUCAGCUGCUGCCAGGCCUCAGUUGAGCCUGCACAGUUUGUGCCGUUGCUGUUCUACAGGAGAACGCUCCCCUGUUUAGAAGUCCUCAAACUGUGGGACUGGUUGCUGCAAUAGCGCUUUGUUGCCGACACUCAAAAUCCUUGCUGCUUUUCCCAUAGGAGCUAGUCCAUUGUGUUGCAGCAGGGACCAACUACCAUACCAUCUCUCACUGGCCUUAGCUCUGCUAUCUCUUCCCUCAGGACGGACUUACAGGACCUCUGCAGAAAACCUUCCCCACACAACCCCACUUUUCAAAAUGUAAGCCCUUCAACUCCUGCCAGUGAUGCCUGGGUAGUGAGCAAUCCUUUCUUUUUUGAUAAAAUCACCUUGUGUUGAAUCCUGAUCUCCCAGUUUUACAGGUCUACGUGAUUUCCAAUUCUGCCAGUAUCCUCUCACAAAGGUAUUACCACCCCCAUUUUAUAGAAAAAGAAAUGGAGCAUCAAGGAUAUGAAAGAUGGAACUCACGGUCCUUAAGUGUCAUGUAUCAUACACGCUAGAUUCAAAGAAUCCAAAUUGCUCAGAGCACUCAAUGAUCUUUAUGUCAUUCUUUCUAUAAUAUAGUUCAGUGAGAGAUACUUAGUUUGUAGUUACCUUUGCGGUAUAGAGUGGAUGAGGCUUUUGUACAUAAUUCAUAUGGUAAGAUCUCCCUCAGUGUUUAACCUUAAGGCCUUUCUUCUUUAACCUGAUGUCCUAGACUUUGCUCUUUUGGAAAAUGGUGCCUCAAGGUAUUUCUUCCAGUGGACUUUUCUGCCUGUGUUUACAGAUAAUACUUUAGAUGUUGAAAACAAACCAAAAAACUCUAAUACCAACCUCUGUUUUACCCAAGAUUCUUAGCUAGAAACGACAGAAAUCUGUUGGCCAAAAAAGAAUGCAGUGACUCAUGUAAUCCUCCAGGGAGAAAGUGAAGAUGCAUCUGGAAACAAGAGAGAAUCAGUACCCUAAGGAGGAAUGGAUAAACAGCAUGGUAUUGUAAGCCCUCUUUCCUCUCAGGAGUUCAAUAUGAUCCGACACGGGGCCGGGGCAUCUUGGCAGGAUGAGACUCGAUGGUCAGACUCCUCUGUGACAACGUACACAGGCAGCUACCGGGAGAAACAUCUGGAAAAGUCCACGUGCAGCCGGUUUUCUUUCAGAGCACUACAGAAUGGGCCUGAGUGCAAACACUUGUCAUCACCAAGAAGUUCUACCAGCAGUCCUGCACUCGGCCUCCCUGGCACCCAGGAGGCUACCAAUGUUAAAGGACUGCUCCCUGAUAUAACGAGGCCCUUAAAAAAGUCACUUGACAUCAAGCAUGGAGUGGCACACCAAAUUUGGUGCUUUGAUGAUUUUUCUCCGGCACCUCGAAGUUAUGGAAAAAUCUUCUGGGGCCAUUUAAGGCUGGUUGCAUUCUGCUUGCCCCUUCCUGUCCCUCUUCUAACAAAAAGGAGAGUUGGAGGCAGAAGUAACAGGAAGGAGAAAUCCGACAGAUGGGCCACUCAGCACUCAGCAGCUCUGAAACAGGAGGUGUACAUGAGGAGAUAUGAGGCCUACCAGGCCAGCACAUGUGAUCUUACUGAACUACAAGAGACAAGGGGAAGGCUUCCUGAGUCAUCUUCGCAAGCACUGGGGUUCUGGAAGUUCGACGGUGUCCUCCGAAGACUCCGAGGCCGAUCAGUACUCGGAUUGUGGUCAGGGAAGGCCGUUCUUGCGUUUCAGCUGAGACGCCGCGAGGCCGCAACGCAGGAGGCCCGGAGUCUGCGGGACAAGCACUGAGCGAUCCAACUCUCAAGGAAGAACUGUGAAUGAGAAAUCUACUUCAUAAAGAAGAACAGGUGUUGAUGAAUAACCUGGACAGGGGUAGAACGGGGGUCUUGGACUGCGUUUCACUCAUCUCCGGGGCUUUUUUUUACGGACAUUUGCCUUAGUAAAUCAUAGCUGUUCACAAAAUAAACUCCAUUUUGUAUGAGACUC